CGUUCAUCUACCUACGCGCUCAUCUACCGCAACAUGGCCAUCCUCGGCGUGGAGGGCUUCUCGGCGCUGCCCAGGCACUGCAUGCAGCUGUGCGCGGGGUUCUUCGCGUUCGCGGUGCUGGCGAACCUGGCGCGGGACCUGCUGCCGCGCCGGCUCGCGCGGCUCGUGCCGCUGCCCAUGGCCAUGGCCGUGCCGUUCCUCGUGGGCGCCAGCUUCGCCGUCGACAUGUGCGUGGGGAGCCUCGUGGUGUUCGCGUGGCACAGGCUCGACGGCAAGAAGGCCGCGCUGCUGGUGCCGGCCGUCGCCUCGGGGCUCAUCUGCGGCGACGGGAUCUGGACGUUCCCGUCGUCGCUGCUCGCGCUGGCCAAGGUCAAGCCGCCCAUCUGCAUGAAGUUCACGCCAGGGAGCUAGAGAGCACGGUGACGAUGCGUACAGAACAGAGGGCAUCGUUCGUCGUUUGUGGGGUGGAAUCCGUGUAGUAGAAUUACAUACCAAUCAGGCCUGUUCUAAUGUCCAUAUGAGCUUAAUGUACGGUGUAUAUAUGUAAAACGGAAAUCUGAAGGAUGACAGGAUGAAUUGCCUGUUGUCUAGUAGCACGCAUAUUAUUAUUAUAGCAGAGCAUUAAUAAAACUCUUUUAUCUUGCACAAAGUGUUACUGCAAUUCCCCAACGCUGUUCAGUAGAUCCUAGUGCGCUCAUCUCUCUUCCGCUGCAGUGGAGCAGCUUCACUCAGCGGCACCGUUUGGAAGUUGAAAGAGAAAGCUGAGCACGGCAUCUCCGUGCGCAGUGCAUGGCACAGUCGUCGGUACGCGCCCGCCUAACCCGUCGGCAUCAACGAUGAUGCUUCCUUCCACAGCCACGGUUCGCUCAACUUGCCCAACGGUUCCUCGAUUCGCCGCCGCAUCGUCCCCAAGCUUUGCCCCUCUCGUUGCUUCGGUGGUGCUGUGGAGCUCUGAACAAGAGGGCACGGACAUUCUCCGGUUACCAUCAACCUCCCGUCGGCCGCGCAGGACACCGACGAUGCGGCGGCGGCGGCACUCAGCCUGGUCACGGCCGCCCUGGAGAUGUCGCCACGGGCCGAGGUGACGCUGGAGCUCCGGGCGCGCGCUCCUCGUGCUCAGGCGCUAUCGCGACGUCUUCAUCCAUGGCUGGAGAUCGACGAGGCUCGUCGUCGUUGCGACCGGACUGGGUGAAAAGGAAGGGUAAAUUAGUCAGCCGUAUGAAAACGAACCCAAUCCAGCGAGUGGUGUACGACAGUAAUACCAAUAU